AUGGCUUUCGACUGCACCCGCGAAUAUCUCCAGAACACAGCAGAUUCCUACGUUGACCUAAUGGCAACGGGCCAACACGACCGUUUCGAAAACAUCGCCUACACCAUGAAAUACUUCGAAAACAACGUAACCGCCUCACUUCUCAACGGCGUACCCGCCUUCGGUCUAACCAUUGACGCCCACCGCUCCAUCCUCGACACCACACAAUGCAAGACAAUGACCGAGCUCAUCGUCACCGACGCCAAACAUCCAUACGUAAUACACACGCAAAUGACCCUAGACACCUCAGGCAACGUAAACUUGAUCGACAGCAUCGUAACCGACGCAGGCGACUGGGCCUUCAACGCAACCGGCACCUCCUACUGGAACAGCCAAGAAACCUGGAGUCCCAUCCCAGAAUCCACCCGCGACACCCGCGAUACCAUCAAAGCAGCCGGCGAAGCCUACGCCGACCGCUGCAAUGAUGUCUCCAUGCACGUCCCCUUCGGCACGCCCUGCGCUCGUCUCGAAGGCGGUGCGUAUACCGGCCGUGGAAAUCUCUCGGCGAAUACGUGCGAUAUCGGUGGGCUGCCUGAACAUAUCCCGAUGACGAACCGCAAGUAUUCCACCGGGGAUUAG